CAGAGUGUAGCAAGCGGCCCAGAUCAACCGAAGCCCACUCGACGGCAUUCUCCUCCGGCAAGCUCCGCGCGAAACCCUAGCCAGCCCCGCCGGCCGCCGCCACCGCCGCUCCCCUCCCGUCCACGCUCUCAAGGCCACUCCGGCCACCGGAAGCCAUGGCGCAGAGGGCGGCGGGCGCGCUUCUCCGGCGGUCCCUCGGGCUCGCGCCGCCGACGGCCCCCAGGGCCCUGAGCACCAGCACCGCGGCGCCGGCCGCGGCGGCGGAGGGAGAGGCCGCGGCUGCCAAGGCGAAGAGGAGCAAGAAGAAGAACCUGUUCGACGUGGUGCAGUUCCUGCCGGACUGGGGCGUCGGCUACAAGGUCGCCAAGACCACCUGGCGCGACGUCUCCUACCAGAUCACCAAGAUCAACCUCUACAAGGACGGCCGCCACGGGAAGGCGUGGGGGAUUCGGCACAAGGCCGGUGUGCAAGUGGCCGACGCUCCGAUAAAACUCAGCGGAGUGAACAAGCGUGGUUGGAAGUACAUAAAGGCAUCGCAGAAGACGGUGCAGGAUACCCCCGCAGCAGAGACGCCAGCCGCUGCCACUGCCACCGCCACUGCUUAAUUCGUUACAAGCUAGAACAUUUAGAAGGCGGCAAAACGUGUUCCUGUAGAAGCGUAGCGUCGAACUGUUCAGACGGUCGGUUGAUCUGCCGUCUUCCACUCUUUCAUAGUUUCCAUGCUUUCCAGGGUUUUAGGCAUAGUUGAAAGGGCCCCGAAUUGCCAUGUCCGCCACGCUGUCUUGCUAAAGAUGAUGUCGCCGUCGAAAACAUUUGUUUUGUAUUUUCUACAUUUUUGCAAUGCCGCGUUUCCAUGAGAAGGAACAAGUGCGUCGCCUCGGCAUUAGUUUGGUUGGGGUGGGUCUCAUGUAAUAAAAGUUCAUCCUUGCUCU